AUGUCUGUCACAUUGCACACUGAUGUAGGAGACCUUAAAAUUGAAUUGUUUUGUGAACAAAGUCCUAAAGCUUGUGAAAACUUUCUAGCUUUAUGUGCCAGUGAUUAUUAUAAUGGCUCUUUAUUUCAUAGAAAUAUUAAGGGAUUUAUAGUACAAACAGGUGAUCCUACAGGGACUGGAAAAGGUGGUACAUCAAUUUGGGGAAGAAAGUUCGAGGAUGAAUUUAAAGAAGAAUUAAAACAUAAUGCUAGAGGUAUGGUAAGCAUGGCUAAUAAUGGUCCCAAUACAAAUGGCAGCCAGUUUUUCAUAACAUAUGCAGAGCAACCUCACUUGGAUCUAAAGUAUACUAUUUUUGGAAGAGUUAUAGACGGAUUUGAAGCCUUAGAUGAUUUGGAAAAAAUGCCUGUUAACCCAAAAACCUUUAAACUAUUGACAGAGGCUCGGAUAACAUCAGUUACAAUACAUGCGAACCCCUUAGCUGGUUAA